AUGACGUUACUUCAUUCAACAGCACCAUCUAUCAAGCAUACAGGCCCUGAUCUACAGGAAAUUACAUCGGCGGAUGAUACCGAUGAUUCCCGCGGCCCUAUCAUUCCUGCGGACGAAUGGCUUGCAGGCCGUUUCAAAGUUAAGCAGUUGCUGAAACGAGAAAACCAUGCUGAUGUAUAUCUUGUCAAUGACAUGGAAAAUGCAUCGGAAGGCGAGAUGGUUGGCCUUGAGGCUCGUGCCUUUAAUCUAAUGGGCCUUUCGCAGCGCCAUCUGAAGUAUCGAGUGCGAGCGAUGAAGCGUCUCUCGUCUCGCUGUAUAAGUAAGACGAAGUGGAACAACUUGGAUGUCAUCAUUUACAAGUGUGGCGACGUCAACGUAUCUCCUGAAAAUACUGCAAUGAAGGCUGCGGCGCCAUCCCACGAUGGUGAUGUAUCCAUAAUGAACAUCGUCAAGAAGCCACCAGCGAAAACGGGAUACAAGCAAGAAUCCGAAAGGCUUCGACAACGCGAUAGACGGCAGGCCAAGCGUCAGCGCAAGAAGAUGACUACUGAAACCGAAAGUUAUGGCACUGCCGCCGAAAUCGAGAAUGUAGAUGAUUGCUUGGAGAUGAAGCUUGACGAUAAGGCGUGGACAAUGUUAACUCUUCUUCACAUCGCCCACAGCACUCGUCCACUUCGUAAGCUUCUGCCGGAUUCCAGCCAGCUUAUCGUGAACAAUUAUCUGUCUAUGAAAGAUUGUGAAAUUAAGUUGACUACGGAAGAGGAAAUGGUGGGGUUUGCACAGAUCAAAGAGCAAGAACUUGCAUAUUUAGCCCGUCAACUGAGCAAAGUCAAUGCUGCAAAGAAACAAUGCCAUGAUUGUAUGGGAGAACUCCUACGUCAGCAGCUGUUACAUCCAAAAGGAUCAAAAGAAUGGUUAGAAAUACAACGAAACGAUAUCGAACCCAAGAAACAGAAUUUCAGGAUUCUCCGAACCGCAAUCAAAGUCCUGCCAGAUCUUAUUGCCGCGGCUAAAGCGCGCCAUCAGUCAGUCUCGCAGAAAUUAGCCCUUCGACGGCAAGAGAUGCAGGAAGAGAAGAAAAAGCAAAAUUUGGAGAUGAAGCUUGAGGAAUUAAGCAGCAAGCUAGAGAAUUAUGACUUGUGGCAGCGUUGUGUAGCUCCGGCCUCGGACACAUUUUUUCAUCUCACUACCAUGCGCGAAACAGUGCGUAAACAAAUGAGCAAGCUAGAGGAGAGGGAGUAAAUACCU